AUUUCCACUUUAAAAAAUAAAAAUAUUAGUCAUUCAUUCACUUAUCUCUUUUAACGUCCCAUCACUCCUCUCUCUUUCCCUUUCAUCUUCUCCAUGAAACCCUCUCAGUCUCAUGAAUAAACUAAACAAAAAUCUUUUCUUGCCCGUCAAAAUAUCAAACCCACCAAGAAAUUCAAGAAUCAAGCAGCUCCGUACUAGAAAAUUACCAAGAAAAUAGGUUCAGCAUCCGAUCAUCAUCGUCAUCAUGGACUCAACAGCUUCACCUCCAGACCCAAAUAACACUGGAGAACCGAGUCCAUCCCCACCACCAGGUUCAUCAUCGUCGUCACAACAAGCAACAGCGCCACUGAGUCGGUACGAGUCACAGAAAAGACGAGACUGGAACACGUUUUUGCAGUACUUAAAGAAUCACAAGCCGCCAUUGACGCUGGCUCGUUGCAGUGGUGCACAUGUGAUCGAGUUCUUGAAGUAUUUGGAUCAGUUUGGUAAGACUAAAGUUCAUAUUACGGGUUGUCCUUAUUUCGGCCUUACCAACCCGCCUGCGCCUUGUGCUUGUCCUCUUAAGCAAGCGUGGGGGAGCCUCGACGCGUUAAUCGGACGGCUGAGAGCUGCUUAUGAGGAGAACGGAGGGCGGCCGGAGUCUAAUCCUUUUGGAGCGAGAGCGGUCAGGAUUUAUUUGAGAGAAGUUAGAGAAGGUCAGGCUAAAGCUAGAGGGAUACCCUACGAAAAGAAGAAGCGAAAAAGGCCUUCUUCUAGUGCUAGUAACGUUUCCACCGCCGCUGUUGAGGCAGUUUCCGCCUGUGGCGGCGGAGGCGAUGAAGCUGGAAAAGAUGGUGAUGGGGAUGAAACAAAUGUCGGUGCCGCUGCUGCUACAGCCGUAUAGUCUUUUUUACUUGAACAUUAAUUUAUAUAAUCUCAUGUCUGUUUUAAUUGUGAUUAUCAUGAGUUUCACACAUUUUAUAUACUAUAAUCUACUCAUUCUGUUACUUACAUGACAAUUAAUCCAACCAUAUUAUAGCUGCAAAUAUUUAUUAAUCUCA